AUGGCGGACUCAAGGUUAAAGAAGCGCCACAAGAACUUGUGCUUACAAAUAAUGAACCGUUCUGUCACUGGAUCAACCGUAAGAGACGAUAUAGGGAUUAUUAGGACCUUAAUCUCAAAGGGGUCAAACCAUUUCACCAAAGCGUGGAGUCAAACUUCAAAGAAUCCAAUUGCGUUUGACUAUCAGUUUUUGUUCUUAGACAAAUUUAGGACUGUCUUGAAUACCAAUGGUUCAAGAGGAAAGCCUUUACAGAUCUAUAGUUUGCCUCCUUUACGUACGAAGGAGAAAAUAGAGUCUGCUGUGCUUUUUGAAUCGGCUUUGGAUCAAAGAUAUUUUACAGAAUGCGAGAAAAACAAAGAUUUUCGUCCUUGUUUGAUAGCAAUAACAGCUGAUGGUUAUCUUAUACGACAAGACCUCAAAUCUGGUAGAAAAUUACAAUCCAUUUAUUUGUCAAGUAAAUAUAAAUUCAAGCAUAUUUUCUGGGAAAAUGAUUUACAUAAAGUGGUUCUUUCAUCUGUUCAUGCUAAAAUGCCUCCAAGAGCAACACUGGAUAAUAGGUCUUGUGUUUUUCGCACAUUAAUGUACUUGACAUUGUUUGAAAUUGCACCUUUGAGGUUUCUAGCGAAUAUUCCUAUAGUCAGAAAUGUUUUUGGUGCUGAUGUCAUUGAUGCAUCAAUUAGUCGUGACAUACUCUUCCUCAUGCAUCAAGGAGGAAUGAUGAAACUUUAUAGCCUUAAAGAAAUCUUAGAUAAGUUUACAACUAAAGCUUCAAUAGGUCAGUUGUACAAUUUUACUGAAUGCAGUCUUGAUCAACAUGAUGUGUCCAUGAGGAUUGAUGAAAACUGGGGAACUGUUGGAGAGUAUCCCUUUGGGGUGCCAGUUAAUGUCAAAUUUGACAACAAACCCACUCUUCUUCAACAAAUUUGUAGUCACCAACACUUGCUUUCAUUUGGAGGCUUUCCAUGGCAUUAUAUUGUGUGUCCAAAGAAACAAAAUAGUGUAUUUAAAGUCUAUACCAUGAAAGAUCAGGUACCUGUGAAACAUGGUCUCCUCAACAGUGCUGUACAGACCAUAGAGCAAGAUCAAGCAUACUUCCACAAAGACAACAGUGGGCGUAUUUUGCACAUUGGGUCAGAUUUUAUCAGCUAUUUAAAGCUUGAUGUAGUCCACAAUGACCAAGAAGAGCAACUAUUUGAAAUACAGACCUCUCACUCUAUCAAUCUACAAGAUGUCAAGAAAACAAAUGGUAGCAUGACCCUAUUUAGUUCAUCCGGAAGGAGAAUAAAGUGUAAUAGCACUCUAGACUAUGAUAACCCAGGGUAUUCAUGUGUCAGAGAUGUUGACUUUGAAGAUGAACUGGACAUCCUCGUAGUGCUGUCAUCACAGGGUGAACAUAAGGGGGGUAUUGGACUGUAUGAUAAUCAGACUGGAAUUCUUGUGAAAGAAAUACAGCUUGAUUAUUGGGAAGAUGACAGUGAUCAUUCCAUCCAUAUGGAGCUAGAUACAAUUGUACACAUUUUUAAAAGACCAACUAGGAACUAUUGCUGUGAAAUUUUCAAGUUGUUGGUUAAUAAUCAUUGUUAAGUAAUUUUGGUCUUAGGAAGCAUUCAUAAUGUAUGGCAGAGGAGGGGGGGCAGGUGAAAUUUAGGGGGAUUGGAAAAACUUUUACCUGUAAAAUGGGUUCCAAAUUUUUUUUAGGGAAUUGGGAGGAUGCAAA